UGAUUUUUAACGCUCGCAGCGCAAGGUAGUCGCCGCAGUUGCGGUAAUUGUUCGAUUUGUGUCAAAAAGUUACCAAUGUGCAUUCUAUAGAGCGCCACGAAAAGAAUUUAACAAAAAGUAAAUAAAGAAUCGCAAGCAGCCAAACAAAAGCAAAUAAGUUUGUGCGGGCAGCCAAUAAAAUUCUCUCUUUUAACCCUUUUCCCCUGACGCAGAAUUUACCUGUGAAAGUGAAAACGCAAACGAACGAGGCAAGCAAAACAAAACGCGUGUGUGCAAGCAGCAGCAAAAAAAAAAGAAUUAACAAUCAGUGUGCAAGAGAGAGAGAGAGAGAGAGGGCACAACAUAAGAACCCAAAACAUAACGAAAACAAAUAUCGACAACUGCAGCAUCGCAGCAGACAAAAAAAAAGAACAAAAAGAACAAAAAUAGAAGGAAGAACAAGAACAACAACAAGAGUAACUAAACACAGCCGAACGUGUGACCCUGAAGCGCCACUCAUUGAUUAUGUACAACAAUAUGCUCGCGCAGUAUUUGUUUUAAAUCGUUCAUUAUAAUGAAUUCCGCGCGGCAUCAUCGUAUUGGAGUGUUUCUGUCUCCAUAACUGCCACAUAAACAACAACAACAACAACAGCAAAACCAACAAAAAAUCACAACCAACUGCAAAUAAAGUUGAUCUAGUCACAAAAUUAACAAAUACUGAAAAUAACGACAGAAAUUGCGCCGAAACGAAACGCAAGCUCUUAAGAAAUAAGAAAAUCAACUGCUAACACACCUAUUUACUAAGGAGCCACAGGCAUACACUGCUCAAAAACGGAGACAGUUAAGAAGAAAACACUGGCUAAGAAGAUGCCCUACCAUCGCGCCGAUACAUCGGCGCAGGCCGACAAGCUGAGCGGCAUUGUGGAGGAAAGCGAUUUAUACGAGGGAUUCGCGCCGCAUGUGGAAACAUCGGAAAUCAAAACACUCGAUUUUUACUCUCUACCAAAGCAAACUGGCAAAGAGCCGGCGCUGCGCUCGUUCACCGAAAUCCAACAGCUGCUGCAGCAGGGCAAGAAGCGCGAUGUCAAGAGUAUACUCAGGGAGAACUCGUGGCCAAUUAACUCGCCGAUACGCUCCCAAUUGUGGCCAGCACUGUGCGCCCAGCAUUUGACUAAGCAGAACAUGCUCGAUGGCUUCUACUGGGAGAUGGUGCAUCAGGUCUUUGGCACCACGGAACUGUCGGAUAAGCCCAUCAUGCUGCCCGCCUUUGUGGAUGCCACACAUUGCUUGCCGUAUCAUUUGACCAGCACGGGACGCGCUGUUGCCGAUCGCAUCGUGAAUGUUUUGGGCUAUGAUUGUCCCGACAUUACCUACAGUCCAGUAUUGUAUCCGAUUACAUCGUUACUUUUGCAUUUCAUGUCGGAGGAGGAAGCCUAUUUGUGCCUGGCCGGGCUUGUGGGCAGCAAGGAGAAGACAUUCAUAAAUCAAACCAAACUGCAGCAUGAGGUCACCUGGAAGACGGUCAUGCAGAUAGCCAAAAAGCACACAAAAAGUGCCAUUGCGUAUUUCCAACGCAUCUGUCCGAGCCAGAAGCUGGAGCGCGUCUUCAUGGACUGGUGCUGGUGGAUACUAGCUGGUCUACCCUUUCAGCAUUUGGUGCGAAUUAUGGAUUGCUAUUUCCAUGAGGGCAUCAAGGUGCUAUAUCGCGUCGCCCUGGUCAUACUCAAUCUCUUCCACAAGGAAUGCCAGUCGAACAACGAAUGGAGUCCGGAUAAUAUUAAAAACGACAUUGGCAAUGCGCUCAUCAAGUUCUGCAAAAAGAUACCAGUAUCUCCGGCUAAGCUGCUCCAUGCCGCUUUUAGUAUUAGGGGACUCAGUACCCAGUAUAUUUCUAGAAUAUUUAUCAAGACUGAAAUGCUACUAAAAAGCCGAUCCGCAUUCAAUAGCGGUUCGAAGCAAUUAAUUAAAUCGCGUUCAAGUGAUAAUCUGCCCACUAGUCAGUCGCAGGUCAACAUCCAAAUGAUGUCACAUACAUUGACCAUACGUGAGCUGCACUCCGAGAGCUGUCGCAAUUUGGGCGAAAAGUCGCCCGGUCAUAGAGCCAUCGCCAUGGGUGUCUAUCCCAUACACAAUCUGAAAAGUCAAGUCUGUAAGAACGAAGAUCUGUUCACGCUGUGGUCCUGGUUGCCCGUGCGAAUCACCAUGUACCAACCGGUGCUGCUCUACACCACCGAAGAGCACGGCUGCUCCCUGACGACCUUCUAUGUGCGCGUGGAGCAGCACGAGCCCACGCUGCUCAUGAUCAAAACGUGCAAUAAUGAGGUAUUUGGCGCCUAUUGCUCGUCGCGCUGGUUUGAGCGCAAUGUCAAGGAUGACAAGGGCCAGAGGCAGGCCUACUUUGGCACCGGCGAAACCUUCUUGUUCUCCCUGUAUCCCGAGAGAGCCAAGUAUCCCUGGGUGGGCAUCGAAGGUGAUCGCGAUCUGGGUCACAGCUCCGAACUCUUUAUGGCAGCUGAUUCCAAAAUGAUAACAAUUGGCGGCGGUGAGGGCCAAGCUAUUUGGAUGGAUGAGAACAUACGAUUUGGCAAGACGGACAGCUGUAAGACCUUCAACAAUCCGCCGCUAUGUCCGUCGGGUGACUUUGAGAUACGCGUACUGGAGGUCUACGGCUUUGUGGGCAUCUAAAGCCAUAUAGGCCCGAUUGGCCCAUAGACACUCAAAACGAAACCAAAUUGCCCGCCGAUGUUCAAGUGCUCAGCUGAAACCCGCACCUAUGCUCCUCUCAGACCUACUCAUAAACACCUACACACAGUCUAUGCCCACACACACAUAUAUACAGACACACACAAUGUGAACGCUUGCGUUUCCGGCUCUAGCGGAAACACUAGGCAGAAGCGAAAGCUGAUGAUGAUAAAGAAGAAGAAGAUUAAAAUUUGUGUAAACAUUUAUAAAAACUUAUUUAUAAAUAUGUAUCUAAAAAGUAAAAACAAAAAAGGCAGCAGUCGUUGUCAUCAUAGCC